AUGGGGAAUGUCAGUAGUCGAACCGAAGACGGUGGGGCAUUUGUCCUUCGAGACCAAAGUCGCCUAUCUAUCGCAUCCCUCACGGUCACAAAUUCUAAGGGAAAGAUCCUGCUCAAUGUUGUUCCCAAUGUAUACCCGGCAACUAGGAUCAUUGCCAGGAAGGACUAUGGCGACGAAAGCCUUGUGGAGUACAUACAGGACCCUGAAUCGUCUCCUACAUUGCCUGUACCGUCAUUCUUGUUCCGCCUAAACAACGACGACGAGCUCAUAUUCAACUUCACCUUCGUGAUCCGUCAAAGUCAAAGCAGCCUGCCGGGGGUUUCAGGAGGGAUUGAUACAUUUAUUAAUGGCCUCACCUUCGCCUUCGCAUCAAACAACAAGGAUCUUGACAAUCUAGUCAUUAGAGAAUUUCAUGCAGACCCAAACCUUCACAAAAAUGCCAACGUGGAGCUGGUCGGCGACUAUUCAACGGGUGGUAGCCCGUCUGCAAAGUUUGAGUGGUCAUGGAAAUGGCGCCCCCCUAAAACGACCGAAGAUCGAGGAGGAGGUUGGCGUAAUGCUUGCAGCUUCUCUGAAUACGAUCAGAGGGCCCACAAGCUUCAAGCCCUUGCAUUGUUCAGCUUCUGGGUACAGAACACACCAAAAACGUUCACUGGUCCCCAAACACCCUCGCCAUACUUUGAACUAAAUGUACCUCCUCGACUCCGACUCCCAUCGUCACAAUCUAUGAUAUCUGCGCCAAGUGAGUCAGAUCAUACGGACAUAGGGCCACCAUCACCCAUUAUCGAACCUGGAGAGAUCAGUUUAGGCGUUCCACAGGUUUCGACCAAAGAUCCAGUGGUAGUCGGAGUUUCAUGUCCGCGGCCCAGUGAAGACAUGAGCGCCGUUGAAGACGGACCCUUAUUUCGAGCCACGAUGAAAGCCCUGGAACAAAAGACUGGGAACAUGCGAACAAGGAUGAAGAAGGUUUUGCGUAAAGCCGAAGCAGCUCAGGCAGCUCAGGUCGAAUGCAAUGCUGCGGUAUCUGCGUUCAUGGAAGCACUUCGAGAAGCAUCGGCGUCAAAUGCAAAUGCCAUCCAGCCAGCACUCGAGCACUACUUCGAGAAGAUUGCCAGCCAAAUCCUUCAGUAUGAAAAGCAGAACACAGUGCAUUUGCAGAAACUCAUCAUCGACCCUCUCUCGAAGAUAUAUAACAUUGAUAUCAAGCAGGCAGAAGCCAAGAAGAAGGAUUUUGAAGAUGAGAGCAAGGACUAUUAUGCGUAUGUCAGUCGCUACCUUGGCCAACGUCAAGACUCGUUAAAGGAGAAGAAGCGAAACGAAAGUGACUCCAAGUAUCAAACUAAGAGAAGAAAUUUUGAGCUCAAACGAUUUGACUAUUCGUCUUUCAUGCAAGAUUUGCAUGGUGGCAGGAAAGAACAAGAAGUCCUCUCUCAAUUAACGAAAUAUGCAGAGACACAAUCGAAGAGUUUUCUGUCGACUGCAAAGAAAAUUGGAGAGAUGACUCCUCAAUUAGAGGUGUUGAUCCAUGAGGUAAAGGAAGCCGACAAAGAGUAUAAGAUUCAGCGCACUGAAAGGGAAGAAAAGCGAAGAAUUCUGGAGAUGAACACUAAGACAUACGUCGAGCCUGAGGCCGAUGCAUCUAACAUCUUACCCAUUCAGUCCAUUGCCAACGGGACCUCCGCCCAGGAAUCUGAGCUCUCGCGAGCUGAUAGUAAUGGUCGGAAUGGUCUUCACUAUUCUUCUUCGACCGCGUCACAACAUGGUUCAACUUUGUCUGCACGAAACUCCACUCACGGUGUUCCUUCCACGCCCAGCAGUCGACCUAGCAGCGGUGUUCCCGUAGUGAGUCCCGACAAGUUCAAAGGUUUCCGUGACCUUGAAGAAAGGGAUCAUAAUGGUGCUGUCGGACCAGACAGGGUUCAGCACAAGAAAGAAGGGUUACUUUGGGCUCUAAGCAGACCGGGUUCCCACGUCGAUCCCAAAGGCCUUAAUAAACAAGCAUGGCACAAGUUCUGGAUCGUACUCGAUCAGGGCAAAUUGUCCGAGUACAGCAAUUGGAAACAAAGGCUCGAUCUUCACAUGGAGCCGAUCGAUUUGCGGAUGGCGUCGGUUCGAGAAUCCCGCAGCGCAGAACGGAGGUUUUGCUUCGAAGUCAUAACGCCACAAUUCAAGCGUGUUUAUCAAGCAACGUCAGAAGAAGACAUGAAUAAUUGGAUAAAUGCCUUGAACAACGCCCUACAGAAUGCCGUCGAGGGCAGAAAUCAACCUCAACCUUUUACUCCUUCAACAAUAGAGGAGAGGACCGCUCAUCGAAACAUUGGUUCUAUACUUACGGGGGAAAAGCUCAUCGUACUCUGGACAUCAUCACCAUCAAUCACCUUCCAACGCAAGUGCCGCCAAUAG